AUGAACUUCACAAACAACCAAUUCCUUGCUCUGCAGGCGUUCAUCGCCUCUCAGCCCGCUACCUUAAGGAGUUUAGGAUUUGUAAGGAAGAAAGACCUCCGAAAUGUUCGACGGGAGCGGGCGGAGAGGCGACGGAACGCUGAAAAGAUAUGGGCGGACGCCGCAUUUGAUUUGCGGCAAUUGUUCCGCGAGGAGCUUGAUGACCCGCUGACUGCGCUGAAGUUCAACAGGACGACGGCGUUGAAACUCCUCUUCAACUGUGAGAGACGCCUAUCCUCGGACGCCAAGCUGAAAGAGCAGUACCGAAAUUUUAUGACGGAGUACCUGACCUUGCAGCAUAUGCAGCGGGCACCCGAAGGAACGGAGACUGGGCCAGCGUAUUACCUACCGCACCACGCCGUACGCAAGCGCCACGAUCCUUCUGCCAAGAUACGGGUCGUUUUUAAUGCAUCCUUUUGUACAGCCACAGGUCAAGCGCUCAAUGACUGCCUUGUCACUGGUCAGAAGCUCCAGGCUGACCUAUGGAUGGUAUUGACCCGCUGGCGACUUUUUCGGAUAGUAUUCACCACGGACAUUGUUAAGAUGUUCAGACAGAUCCGAGUCCAUCCUGAGGAUGCUAGAUGGCAAAGCAUACUCUGGCGCGACACUCCCGACGAUCGAGUGCAGGACCUCCGGCUCACGACGGUGACGUAUGGUACGGCGUGCGCGCCUUUCCUAGCGUUACGGGUACUUGCUCAGCUGGCGAACGACGAGCACCGCCGGUUUCCCCGAGGUGCAUCGGUGGUGCGUCGACAUACCUACGUCGACGAUAUUCUCACCGGGGCGGAUGAUGUCGACGAGACCCUGGCUUUGAAAAGAGAAGUGGUGGCCAUUUUCAAAGCUGGUGGUUUCGAAUUAAGCAAAUGGGCAUCUAACAUACCGGAGAUUCAAGAAACCGACUCUUCUGAUACGCGCCUGUUUCAGGAAUGGUCCGGCAUCAGUACACUAGGCGUGAACUGGAAUCCUAGCGAUGACGCCUUCUCUCUACGAGUCGCAGCUGCUGAGGUGGUGAGGGAGCGUACCACCAAGAGGUCCAUCCUUUCUGAAAUUGCUGGCCUCUUUGACCCGCUGGGCUGGGCGGCGCCGGUCUUAGUGGUGGCCAAGGUUCUAAUGCAGGACCUCUGGAUGCUUGGAGCAGAUUGGGACCAGCAACUAUCAGAAAACGUCUGCACUACGUGGCAGCGCUUCCGAGGUUCCUUGGCGCGACUGGACGCCCUGAAAAUCCCACGCUGGACGUUUGCUUCAUCAGAGCCCUCCACCCAGAUGGAACUUCAUGGGUUUUGUGACGCCUCGCUGCGAACUUAUGCGGCGGCAGUGUACCUGCGGGUCAAAAACAAAGGGUCGGUAAGGACCUCGCUUUUGGUCGUAAAAACUAAGGUGGCCCCGGUAAAGACUAUAACAAUCCCGAAGUUGGAACUGUGUGGAGCCACCUAG